GCAAUGGGAGUAAAGCCAAUAGCAAAUAGCAACAACAAUUUUUUAUCAUUUGUACAAAAUGUUGCACAGUUAUACCUGUGAAUGAAAUUUGUAAUUACUCUUAUAAAUUUUUAAAUUUAGCUAUUAGCUUUGUUGUUUAUGUAUUCAGUUUUCGUGAACUGUUUUCGUGAGAACUGUACAUGUAAUCAAUAGUUGCCCGGCACGAUGAAGCUGACUGCCGUUCUCGUGCUGUCCCUGGCCGCCCUGGCGUGUGCCGACACCUCCUAUCAGAACUUCCAGACCUACACCGACCAUGCCAACCAGGCCAGCUCAAACUAUUACGACCACCGACCUGCGAGGCGGAGCAGCAAAGGAGUCAUCGGAUUCAUCCAGCGACUGUUUAAUCCGAUCCGGCGCCAGGACUUAAGCGGAGCAAGCAGCGCUCUUCCUUUGGUGGGCGCCGCCCUCCUGGUCGGCGCGGCUGUGAUUGGCGUCUCCUUCUACGCAUCAGUCUACAAUAACUCGGGCCGUGGCCUGGACACGGACGAGUGGGAGGUGGACCACUCGGUCUGGAUGAGCCAGCUCCAGAAGGACUUCGAGGAUUCGUGGUCCCAAGAGUGAUCGCGUUGUGAAAUAGAAGUUGUGAGUGGCCGCAAAUCAACAAUUGAUAAGUGGCUGAAGGCUUGCGGAAGUUGAUAUUUUGCGCCGUUACUGUUGACUUACUGCUGGGUUUAGACUGUUGUUACUGUUGGUUUUUGUUAUGCUGCCCAGUCUUUGUUGAUGUUGUUGUGUUGUGAUGAAGGUACUCAGAGGAACAUUACGACAAGCGCUAUAGCUGUAUAUUCGCUCCGCCUUUGUGUGUGCGCAUUUCCUGCUAACGUCACGCCAACAAUCAUUUGCCACUACCUCAUUUAGCUGUGCUCCCUAUGUGCAACUGAAAAUGGAUUCACACAAAAACUUGGCUGUCUACAUUUUAUAAAUGUGUGUUUCUAAAAUAUGUCCAUUUCUGUGUAUGGCACAAGAUACACAUGGUUGCAACCUGCUACAUUUUGCCAUCAUUUGAUGCGUUGGGCAGCUCAAUUUACAGAUAGAAUGCUACAUUGCAAUUGAUAUUUAUCAAAAUGACUUCAAUUGUAUUUUUUACGAGAUAAUUAACCAAGCUGCUUUGCAAACAUUAACAGGUUUUAAAACGUUUCUUUUUAACUGUUACCUAUCUAAAUGAUGCUUAUCAGCAAGUUCUUACACUCAUUUUGUUUGAAGUAUCUGAAACCGACAACUUUUUAUUUGAAUGUGAAAUUCAAAGUUUGAUCAGAAGUCUUGGAUUCUUGCAAACGUAUUCCCGCAUUGUAACAAUGUCAGUGCUUGCUAACACUUUUGCCCUUUAGCUUGUGCUUCAUAUUUAUUGAAUGCAUCUCUCGCUGCCACGAUUGCAUUCUCUUUACUUCGCUAAAAUAUAUGCAGCUUUUUCACGCGGCAACAAAAUUGUAAUUGUAAUUCAAGUUUCUUGUGAAUACUGACACUACUAAAUUAGUUGGUUCGUAACGUGUGUUGCUCUGCCUAUUCGAAGGAAACCGACGCUUGCCAUGCCUGUAGUCUUUGCGAAUUCAUCCUUUUGUGGUGCCUUUUUGUCUUGUUUAGUCCAUGUCUACGCAGCACUUACCAAUGACUGUCAUUUUUUAGAACUCAUGGGGCCAUCUCUUUGCUUACAUCUACUUCUAAUAUACCAUAACCCGUCUGUCUAUUCAUCAAACGCUCUAGCCUAAACAUAAUUCAAAACAUUUGACCUGGCCUACAAUUAUUUUUUUUUCGACCUGAGCUUUCUCCUAAUGCUUCAGACUCCUGAUUCCCAACAAGUGACCUAACGCCAGUGCUCAGCACACAAACUGUCCAGGGUUGCGCUUGUUUUUUGUUGUGCUCAGUUGUUCUUGUUUCCAGAUGUGUAUUGCAAUGCUCAACUAAAUACCAGACUUGCUCAUGAAUACAAUUUCUGUUAGACAGCUUGUAUAAUGCAUAACCGUUCCUACUUUACGCCCCUCUGAAACCGAUGUCUUUGUCAAAUAAACCGAAUUGCGGACCUGUUAAAAUG